AGUGACUGGAGUGACGGGCGCGGCCUGGGCGGCGGCGGCGGCGCAUCCUAAGGUGGCGGCUGACUGAGGUGACAGCGGCCCGUGGCCUCGGGCACCGGCACGAGCCGCGCUGGCGGCGGCGGCGAUAGCCGCGAUGAUGGAGAUCCAGAUGGACGAGGGCGGAGGUGUGGUGGUGUACCAAGACGACUACUGCUCGGGCUCGGUCAUGUCGGAGCGUGUGUCGGGCCUGGCGGGCUCCAUCUACCGAGAGUUCGAGCGCCUCAUCCACUGCUACGACGAGGAGGUGGUCAAGGAGCUCAUGCCGCUGGUGGUGAACGUGCUGGAGAACCUGGACUCGGUGCUGAGCGAGAACCAGGAGCACGAGGUGGAGCUGGAGCUCCUGCGCGAGGACAACGAGCAGCUGCUCACGCAGUACGAGCGCGAGAAGGCGCUGCGCAAACAGGCCGAGGAGAAAUUUAUCGAAUUUGAAGAUGCCUUGGAACAAGAGAAGAAAGAACUCCAGAUCCAGGUAGAACAUUAUGAGUUUCAGACACGCCAACUGGAGCUAAAGGCCAAAAACUAUGCAGAUCAGAUUUCCCGACUGGAGGAACGGGAAUCAGAGAUGAAGAAAGAAUACAAUGCCCUACACCAGCGGCACACAGAGAUGAUCCAGACCUACGUGGAACACAUCGAAAGAUCUAAGAUGCAGCAAGUUGGGAGUAGUGGCCAAACAGAAAGCAGCCUGCCAGGGCGGAGCAGGAAGGAGCGUCCCACCUCUCUGAAUGUCUUCCCCCUGGCUGAUGGCAUGGUACGUGCACAGAUGGGGGGCAAGCUCGUGCCUGCGGGGGACCACUGGCACCUGAGUGACCUCGGCCAGCUGCAGUCCAGCUCCAGCUACCAGUGUCCAAACGAUGAGAUGUCUGAGUCAGGCCAGUCCUCAGCAGCUGCAACGCCCAGUACCACUGGGACCAAGUCCAACACACCCACAUCCUCCGUGCCCUCAGCAGCAGUCACACCACUCAACGAGAGCCUACAGCCAUUGGGGGACUAUGGCAGUGUCACAAAGAACAACAAGCGGGCCCGAGAGAAGCGCAACAGCCGUAACAUGGAAGUUCAGGUCACCCAAGAAAUGCGGAACGUCAGUAUCGGUAUGGGCAGCAGUGAUGAGUGGUCUGAUGUUCAGGACAUUAUCGACUCUACCCCAGAACUGGAUGUGUGUCCGGAAACCCGUCUGGACCGCACAGGAAGCAGCCCGACCCAGGGAAUUGUGAACAAAGCUUUUGGCAUCAACACUGACUCCCUGUAUCAUGAACUAUCUACAGCGGGGUCUGAGGUCAUCGGGGAUGUGGAUGAGGGAGCCGACCUCCUAGGGGAGUUCUCAGUGCGCGAUGAUUUUUUUGGAAUGGGCAAAGAAGUGGGAAACCUGCUGUUGGAGAACUCACAGCUUCUAGAAACAAAAAAUGCUUUGAAUGUGGUGAAGAAUGACCUCAUCGCCAAGGUAGACCAACUGUCAGGGGAGCAGGAGGUGCUGAAGGGUGAGCUGGAAGCAGCCAAGCAAGCCAAAGUCAAGCUAGAGAACCGAAUCAAAGAGCUUGAAGAAGAGCUGAAAAGAGUCAAGUCAGAGGCUGCAAUUGCCCGCCGUGAGCCCAGAGAAGAGGUGGAGGAUGUAAGCAGCCUUCUCUCUACAGAAUUGGACAAAAUCCCCAUGGCCCAGCGGCGGCGUUUCACAAGGGUGGAGAUGGCCCGAGUGCUCAUGGAACGCAACCAAUACAAGGAACGACUAAUGGAGCUGCAGGAGGCCGUGCGGUGGACUGAAAUGAUCAGAGCAUCAAGGGAACACCCAUCUGUCCAGGAAAAGAAGAAGUCCACUAUCUGGCAGUUCUUCAGCCGCCUCUUCAGUUCUUCAUCCAGCCCUCCUCCGGCCAAACGAUCCUACCCGUCUGUGAAUAUUCACUACAAGUCACCUACCACAGCCGGCUUCAGCCAGCGUCGCAGCCAUGCCAUGUGCCAGAUCUCAGCUGGCAGCCGACCCCUGGAGUUCUUUCCUGAUGAUGACUGCACCUCUUCUGCCCGGCGGGAGCAGAAGCGGGAGCAGUACCGCCAGGUUCGUGAACAUGUGCGCAAUGACGACGGGAGGCUGCAGGCCUGUGGGUGGAGCCUGCCUGCCAAGUACAAACAGCUAAGCCCAAAUGGAGGCCAGGAAGACACCAGGAUGAAAAAUGUGCCUGUCCCCGUGUACUGCCGCCCUCUGGUGGAGAAGGAUCCCACAAUGAAGCUUUGGUGUGCUGCUGGUGUCAACCUGAGCGGGUGGAAACCAAAUGAAGAGGACUCAAGUAAUGGACCCAAGCCCGCGCCAGGUCGAGACCCUCUGACCUGCGAUCGCGAAGUAGAAGGCGAGCCCAAGAGUAGCCACCCAUCACCUGAGAAGAAGAAGGCAAAGGAGGCCCCUGAGGCAGAUGCUACCUCCAGUCGGGUAUGGAUCCUCACCAGCACCCUGGCCACCAGCAAAGUGGUGAUCAUUGAUGCCAACCAACCAGGCACUGUUGUGGAUCAGUUCACAGUCUGCAAUGCCCAUGUCCUGUGUAUCUCCAGCAUUCCUGCGGCCAAUGACAGUGACUAUCCCCCUGGGGAGAUGUUCCUGGACAGUGAUGUGAACCCUGAAGACUCAGGUGUUGACGGUGUGCUGGCUGGCAUCACCUUGGUGGGGUGUGCUACCCGCUGCAAUGUACCACGUAGCAACUGCUCCUCCCGAGGAGACACUCCAGUGCUGGACAAGGGGCAGGGGGACGUGGCAGCCACUGCCAAUGGGAAGGUCAAUCCAUCCCAAUCCACAGAAGAAGCCACAGAAGCCACAGAGGUGCCAGACCCUGGUCCCAGCGAGCCAGAAGCAACAACAGUUCGGCCCGGGCCCCUCACAGAGCAUGUCUUCACUGACCCGGCACCCACCCCACCCACCAGCACCCAGUGUGCCAGUGCAAAUGGGCCAGAGCCCGAUGGCAGCACUGUGCAGCCUCAAGUAGAGCCCAAUGGGGAACCCUCAGCAGCCACCAGUAGUGCUGCACCCACCAUGUGGCUAGGAGCCCAGAAUGGCUGGCUAUAUGUGCAUUCAGCGGUAGCCAACUGGAAGAAGUGUCUGCACUCCAUCAAGCUAAAAGACUCUGUGCUGAGCCUGGUGCAUGUCAAAGGCCGAGUGCUGGUAGCUCUUGCAGAUGGGACCCUGGCCAUCUUCCAUCGUGGCGAGGAUGGCCAAUGGGACCUGAGCAACUACCACCUAAUGGACCUGGGCCACCCCCACCACUCUAUCCGCUGCAUGGCUGUUGUGGAUGACCGAGUCUGGUGUGGCUACAAGAACAAAGUGCAUGUCAUCCAGCCCAAGACAAUGCAGAUUGAGAAAUCAUUUGAUGCCCACCCAAGGCGGGAAAGCCAGGUGCGACAGCUGGCCUGGAUCGGUGAUGGAGUAUGGGUCUCUAUUCGCCUGGAUUCCACCCUUCGGCUCUACCACGCUCACACCCACCAGCACCUGCAGGAUGUGGACAUUGAGCCUUAUGUUAGCAAGAUGCUGGGUACCGGCAAGCUGGGCUUCUCCUUCGUGCGCAUCACAGCCCUACUCAUUGCAGGCAACCGUCUGUGGGUGGGCACUGGCAAUGGGGUUGUCAUCUCCAUCCCCUUAACUGAGACUGUGGUCUUGCAUCGAGGCCAGCUCUUGGGGCUCCGGGCCAAUAAGACAUCCCCAACAUCUGGGGAGGGGACCCGCCCCGGGGGCAUCAUCCACGUGUACGGGGAUGACAACAGUGACAAGGCUGCCAGUAGUUUCAUCCCCUACUGCUCCAUGGCUCAGGCUCAGCUCUGCUUCCACGGGCACCGUGAUGCUGUCAAAUUCUUUGUCUCUGUGCCAGGAAAUGUGCUGGCCACUCUCAAUGGCAGUGUGCUAGACAGCCCAUCAGAGGGCCCUGGGCCUGCUGCAUCUGCUGCAGAUGCUGAGGGCCAGAAGUUGAAGAAUGCUCUGGUGCUGAGCGGUGGUGAAGGUUACAUCGACUUCCGCAUUGGCGAUGGAGAGGAUGAUGAAACUGAGGAAAGUGCCGGAGAGGUGAACCAGGCAACAACCAGAUUGUCCAAGGCUGAGCGCAGCCACAUCAUCGUGUGGCAGGUGUCCUACACCCCUGAGUGAGAACCUGCCCUGCCUGAUGCCAACUGUACAUAGGACCCUACCUGCCUGCCCCCCCGCCUGUUCCCUGGGGCAGUAAGGUUCGUCCACCCCCUUUUAACCUCUCAACUUGCAGCUUUUGCCUGAGGUCCAGCCCCCAGCUGUUAGAGAGGGGUGAAGCAGGUUUGGGGGAGU